AUGGAUGACAAAGAUUUUAUGAAUGAAUCUGCUGACAUCGUCAACGGGAGCAGAUAUUUUUACUUUGAUUACAACUUUAAUUAUGAGGAAACACAACUUGAGAAAGCGUUGAAAUGGUUUGAAACGGCUUUCAUAUUGCCAAUCGGAGUUUUGGGGAAUAUUCUUGUGUUGUGUGUAUUAUUAAAGAAGAAAUAUCGAAAAUCGUCAACGGCCGUGUUCUUGUCAUCCCUGGCUGUUUCGGACAUAGUGAUAUUAGUGUCGGGAUUCUACAAUCUGAUGGUACUCCGCACUGACUCAAGUAUUGACUGUAAAAUUACCAUACCAAUCUGGAUAUGCAGUUCACAAACAUCGUCGUGCAUACUUGCAACAGUAGCUAUUGAAAGAGCAUGUUUUGUCACGCAGCCGCACAAGGCAAAGUUCAUAUUUACUGCAAGAUGCGCCAAACUUAUAAUGGUUCUGGAGACAAUUAUCGUGUACGGAUUGAAUGCACUAAUGCUUGUGAAAUACGAACUUGACGAAGACAAUGGCUUCGAAAAUAUGUUCUGUCCAACAGGAGAACCGGUUAAAAGUUCUAUUGUGCACUUUGUCUUAUAUUACUAA